AUGUCUUCAGCACAACCCCCACCCCCCCCACCCGACAACAACAAUGAGAAACAACCAGAAACUGAGCCCUCGACGUCGACUGCACCCCAGGAGGCUGCCAUGGACACCACUCCGGACCAACCUGCCGAAGAGACAUGGGCGGAUAUACCAGAGGACAUUAUGAACUUGAGCACAGAUGAGAUUUUGACGAGAAUACGUCUCAUUGACAACGAUCUGAAGGUUAUGCGGUCAGAGACAUUGCGUCUACAGCACGAGCAAAAUGUCAUGAAGGAGAAGAUUCGGGAGAACGGGGAGAAAAUCAAGCAGAACAAGGUCCUUCCAUAUCUUGUAGGAAAUGUUAUCGAGAUUCUCGACGUCGACCCAGAAGGUGAGGAAGACGGUGCUAACCGGGAUUUGGAUUCCAUGCGCAAGGGCAAAUGCGCAGUUAUCAAAACUUCUACAAGGCAAACUGUCUUCCUGCCGCUCAUUGGUCUUGUCCCCGCCGAGAAGCUCAGACCGCAGGACCUUGUCGGGGUAAACAAGGACUCGUAUCUGAUCCUCGACACACUACCCGCUGAAUACGACUCACGUGUGAAAGCGAUGGAGGUGGACGAGAGGCCUACGGAGACAUAUACCGAUAUCGGUGGACUGGAGAAGCAGAUUGAGGAACUCGUAGAGGCUAUCGUUCUGCCUAUGGAGCAAGGGGAUAAAUUCAAGACUCUUGGAAUCGUACCUCCGAAAGGUUGCUUGAUGUAUGGCGCUCCUGGCACGGGGAAGACGUUAAUGGCUCGUGCAUGUGCUGCGCAGACGAAUGCGUGCUAUCUCAAGCUUGCUGGCCCUUCACUAGUGCAGAUGUUCAUUGGUGACGGUGCAAAGUUAGUGCGAGACGCAUUCGAGCUUGCGAAAGAGAAAGCACCCUCCAUUAUUUUUAUCGAUGAAUUGGAUGCUAUCGGUACCAAACGUUUCGACUCGGAGAAGAGUGGAGAUCGUGAGGUACAGCGGACAAUGUUGGAGCUCCUGAACCAGCUCGACGGGUUCAGCAGCGACGAACGAAUCAAGGUAAUCGCCGCGACGAACCGUAUCGAUAUCCUUGACCCCGCGUUGCUCCGAUCAGGACGUUUGGAUAGGAAGAUUGAGUUCCCGCUGCCAAACGAGACUGCCCGUGCUCGUAUCCUCGAGAUUCACUCACGAAAGAUGGCCGUAUCGCCUGGCGUGAACUUCGAAGAACUUGCGCGUAGCACAGACGAGUUCAAUGGCGCACAGCUGAAGGCAGUCUGCGUAGAGGCUGGUAUGAUUGCUCUGCGGGAAGGUGCGACGAAGUUGAACCACGAGCACUUCCUCAGUGGGAUUGCAGAAGUGCAAAGCAAGAAGAAGAACGAUCUCGUCUACUUCAUGUAG